UUGAAUUGUAAAAAAGGUGAGGUUGAUAAUGUCUUGGAAAUUGGAUUGGAGAGAAACCCUUUGAUAAAUUUCCCAUGCUUAUCGUCAUAGCAUAACACCAAAUUGCAUCACAUAGCUAACACAUACAAUGUAUAAACGAAGUCCUGGGUAUAUAUUAGUACAUUCUGGUGUUGUAAACUUUUAGCUGGUUAUGUACAUGACUGAAAUCUGUUAUAAUGAGUUUUAUCUGAAGCCAUUUUAUGCAUCCUUCUAAAAUUUAUUGCAUAACAAUGCAUUAUUGUUUCAUAUAUUCUUAUGCAAUUUUCUUGUGUGUCAGUGUGUCAUGACUGUGUCAUGACUCGUGCCUCAUACCUUAUGUCAUGACUCAUGCCUCAUACCUUAUGGUGUAUGUGUCUAACAUUAUAUCCAUGUCAAUACUUAGUCGAUCGGUUCUUCCUAGAAUUUCUGUUUGGUUCAGGUUUCAGAGACCCGGUCCAUUGAGAAUCUAACUGAUGGCCAGGAAAAAAAUUCAAACCUCUCCUAUUGGCCUAACAUCUGAAAGGCCUCCACAUUUCAGGGAUCCUCUAAGGUCUCUCAACUGUCAAAACUUCUCCAAAUAUAGUUAAAAGGUCAAUUAACCUCCCUAUAAAACUCUAUUUUUCUCUAUUCAAACUGCUGUACUCACCACAAUGGCUCCCAAACUCUUUAUGCUCGCUCUCCUCAUCUCCCUCAUCUCCUCCGUCACCAGCCACGACAUCACAAAAAUGCUCGCUCAAUUCCCCGAAUUCUCCUCCUACAAUGAUCUCCUCUCCCAAACCCAAAUGGCUGCCGAGAUCAACUCUCACCAAAUGAUCACCGUCUUUGCUGCCGGUGCCUCUGCCACAUCCGCUAUCUCCAACCAACCCGCUUACGUCCUUAGAAGAAUCCUAGCCCUUCACGUCAUCCGCGACUACUAUGACAACAACAAGCUCUCUCAUAUAGCAAACACCUCCAUCGAAGUAUCCACUCUCUUUGAGACCACCGGGCAUAGCACGGGUAAAAAUGGGUAUCUUACCCUCGCUGAUAUCGGUGGCAAUAUGAUCACGGUCAGAUCAGCUGAGCCUGGGGCUAGGAAUGAUGCGCAUAUUGUCAAGCUUGUUGUUUCGCAGCCACAUAAUAUUUCGGUGGUUGAGAUCAGUGGUUUUAUUAUUCCGCCUAAUAUUGGGUCGGAUCAUUCUAUGGCACCGGCACCAGCACCAGCGCCAGCUGAGACUGCUGCUGCUCCUAGCAUCGGUGCACCAGCCCCACAUGAGAAUGCAAGCUCAGGGAACAGGGGAUUAGUGGUGAACUGGAGAUUGGCUGGUUUGGUUGGAUUCGGAGUUGCUAUUAGGUUGUUCUUUGUUUGAUCUAAGGACUAGUCUAGGAGGAUUAAGAUUUUAAUUCGUUUGAUUUUGUUUGCUGGAAAGAAAAAAGAAAUUUA